AUGGCGUUUCCGCGUGUAGUGCGAGCUGCACCGGUGCCGGUGCCGGUGCUAGAGUUGGUGUUGCUGCUGAUGGUGUCUCCAUUAACCACCGGCUUCAACGUGGACACGGCACAUCCGGUGAUCUUCCGCGGCCCGGUGACCGACCCGACCGGCCGGCAGACGCGCGCAGACACCUACUUCGGCUACUCAGUCAGUCUGGCUGGCGUCGGCAUGGGCGACGGGCCCUGGCUGCUCGCGGGCGCGCCGCGUGCCAAUUCCACCCUGGGCCUAAACCCGCCUUCACGCGUCCUCGAGCCGGGCGCCGUGUUCAAGUGUCCGCUGCGUCGCGGCGCCGCCUGCCAGGAGGUCCUCGUCGAUCCGACUGGUAACGACGUUAACCGACAGCGGCUGUACACGGACCUGAAGGACCAGGGCUGGCUGGGAGGCGCCAUGGACGCCGAGCCAGGCGGCACCGGCAGGCUCGCCGUCAGCGGCUUCCGCUGGCGAAACAGGCACUAUUCCAACCAGUACCUGGGCAACGGAGUCUGCUACCUGGCUGAUGCUCUCGUUGGCGACAACACGUUUCAGAAGUUUGUCCCGCUGUACGAAACCACCAAACAGAGUUUCCAGCUGCCGGAUACCUACAAGUACCGCCACGUGUACUACUACUCGUACGGCCAGGCCGGCACAUCAGUGCACUUCCCCGACAACGGGCGCGAGCUGAUCCUCGGAGCGCCGGGCGUCUUCGACUGGACGGGCACCCUGAUCAGGUACAGCGCCUUCGAGGAGACGGAAGAAGGCGGCGGAAGACAGCGACGGAGGCGACAAGCCAACGAUCUCAGCGAGCUCAUCAUUCCAAAUCCAUUCGUGACUGAACAGUUCAACAGAUAUGAUUACCUAGGCUAUUCUGUUGGAUCUGGCAGGUUCUUCAGCUCAACAAAGUCGACUGUGUAUGUGGCCGGUGCGCCGCGGGCUGCGGAUGGAAAGGGCAGCGUGUUGCUGUUCGACUUCCCACGCAAUGUGUACGAGCCGUACGAAAUCAUGAUGACCUGGGAAGGAUCCACAGUCGGCGAGUACUUCGGCGCCGCGGUGUUGGCCGUGGACCUGAACGGAGACGGUCUGAGCGAUGUGGUUGUCGGAGCACCACUUUUCGGCGAAGGCAGCGCCUUCGAGCAUGGACGAAUCUACGUCUACAUUAACUCGGACCGCGCCCAGUUCAAGUCGGCUCGUACGACAGUGGGCCGCGGAGCGCUGCGCGCACGUUUCGGCAGUACUCUGGCUUCUUUGGGUGACAUCGACAACGACAGCUUCUUCGAUUUCGCCGUCGGUGCCCCUUACGAGGAGGACGGCCGGGGUGCCGUGUACGUGUUCCGGGGCGGACCGGGAGACUUUGUCACCACGGCCUCACAGCGGAUCGCCGCCAGCGAGCUCAACGCCGACCUGCGCGGCUUCGGCAUCAGCCUCUCGCGGGGCGUGGACGUGGACGGCAACCGGUACCCGGACGUGGCCGUGGGGUCUUACGCCAGCGGCGACGCUGUGCUGCUGCGCACCCGACCCGUGCUUCAGUUCGCCGCCACACUGUCCGCCCAGCCAGAGAAGCUGGAGGCGGACACCAGGGAGUUCGAGGUGCAGGCGUGUCUGACAUUUCACGGUCAAUACGUACCACCCAUAGUUGCUGUCAACGUCACUUUGAAGGUGGAAUCUUUUCACGCUCAGAGCGUUUUGGUUGUGGAUGGACAGGACGAGUCCUCUACGUCACAAAGAUGGAAAGUGACGAAGGACAACCAAAAAUGCCAGCAGUACACUGUUGCAAUCCGCAUGGAGGGAUCAUUGAUCGACUUCAAUAAGCCCAUCCAGCUGAGCAUGAGCAACACCUACGUCAUCGGUUCCACGAAGACGCUGGACCUGGAGCUCAAGUUGACGAACGGCGGCGAGCCGGCGUCGCUGCCCAGCCUGACGUGUGUGCGCAUGACGUGCCAGCUGGUGGCGUUUCCCGAUACGGCCACGCGCGCCACCGUGCAGCUCAGCAUGCGGCUGGACGUGGGCGCGCUGCGCCCGCUGCUGGACGGCCGCAGCGCCGCCGCCCUGGUCACACACGGCUUCGUGCACAUCCGAAACAGCGCCGGCAUCGCGCCGGAGGUGAACCGCCGGCCGGACCGCGCUGCCGUCUCCACCGAGCUGCUGCCCUCGGCGCUCGAGCCGCAGCCGCUGGCCGUCUGGAUCAUCGUCCUCGCGGUGCUGGGAGCGCUGCUGCUGCUCGCCGUCAUCGUCUUCGUCAUGCACCGGGCCGGCUUCUUCGAGCGAACCAAGCGCGACCAGCUCCUGGAGGAGAAGGUGGUCGAGGAGUUCAAGCGACUCAGCACCGUCGUGGAGUGA